GUGAGCAGUCGCAGCUGCAGCCGCAGUUGCAAAUGCAAAUGCAGCCGAACCAGCAGGACCAGCAGCCAUUGGCGCAAGGGCGCCCUGCAGCCCACGCGCCCAGCACAGCAGCCGCAGCGGCAGCGGGCGUGGCGGCUGCGGCAGGUGCGGCGGGGGGCGCCCAUGGCAUCGCCAGGUGCAGCAUCCAAAUCAGCACCGGCUCCGAGCCCGGGCGCAGCCGCCCUGCUGCUGUUCCUGAUGCUUUUGCUCUUCCUGUUCCGUGGCCGCGGCGUGUGGUGGGCCUGACGCGGUAUGCCUUCUUAGACAUGGCGGCCGCCGCCGCCGCCAACGGUCACGUGGGCAUUCUGGAGCGGUUGCUGCAGCCGGGCGGACCAUACGGCGAGUAUAACACCAGGACCAGCCGGCGGGAUCACGAGGGCUGCACGCCCGCGGUGUACGCCAGUGUACUGCUUCCCAAGGUGGCCUUUGGCUGCCCCCAUGCGGCCCUUGAGCGCCUCUUUCGCGCCUGGGUGCCGGCGAGCCUGCUGGGCGCCCCUGAGGAGUCGCUGUUUCGGCACGCGCUGCUGGGCACGUCGCCGGAUUGGGAGCGCAAUUGUGACUUUGCGCUGGAGAUGACGGCGGCGGGCGAGGCGGCGCUGUUGUCGGUGGUGGAGAGGGGAAGGGCGAGGGGGCCAAGGGGCGGCGCGGAGGAGUGGGAGGACUCGGAGGACUCGGAAGAGGGUGGACAGGAGGAGGAUCAGGAGCAGCAGCAGCAGCUGGAGGAGGGGGCGGCGGUGCGCAGGGCCGUGCGCGAGGCAGUGGCGGCUGUCCGGGAGCGUGCCGAGCUGGACCUGAGGCGGGUGGCGGACCGGCCCGGCUUCCUGCAGCGCCUGCACUACCUUCAUGCGCGGGGCGUGCGGGUGGGCGAGGUCGAGACGGCCUUUGCAGAGGCGCUGGCGGCGGCGGGCGAUGUGGCGGCGCUGGCGCAGCUGCUGGACGGGUGGGGCGUGUCAGGCCCCCGGGAUGCCCGGCUGCUGUCCGCUGCAGCCCGCGCCGCCGCAGGUGGUGGCCAUGUCCCGGUGCUGGCCCUGCUGGCGGAGCGCUUCGGGCCGCGGGUGUUUGUCGAGCACUGCCUGAUGGCCGCGGCCGAUGGCGGGCACAGCGGCGCACUGCGGUUCCUCAUAGCCGCCUGGAUGGGCAAGGGGAAAGGGGUCAGGGCAGGGGCAGCGGCAGCGACGCCGGCGCGGCAGGCGGCGCGGGCCCAGCAGGCAUCGGCGGCGGGCGGCGGCGGGAGGGCUCGGGGCGAGGAUGGAGCCGGCGAUGGAGGACACGGCAGUGACAGCAGCGGUGCUGCCGGAGAAGGCAGCAGCCGGGGUGGUGGCGAGGGCGAGGGCGGGGGCGAGGCCGCGGGCUGGUGCCAGCCCGACUGGGCAGCGCUCUUUCGCAUUGCUGCGGUGCGGGGGGUUGACGCAGAGGUGCUGGCUAGGGAGGUGCGGGAGCUGUGCGGUAGCGGCCGCGCGGACCCGAGCCUGCUGCGCAAUCUGGCGGUGGGCGCCGGCGUGGAAGCUGUGGAGAGGGAGGUGCAGUCCUAUCUUCUGUCCUCCCCCUCGUGAUGUUCGCCUCGCUCUCAUACACGUGUCCGCACUACUGCCCGUUCGCUGGCCACACGCAGCAGCUUACAAGUGACGGAAUGCAAGUUUGUUGCGCGGCAAUCUAAUGUGGCUCAGUGGCUAACUGGAUCUUGGAGCAGCAGCAGUAGCCGGUUCUGGUCCUGCUGGUUGAUGCACACGUCUGAUGAAGGGGUGGAGGGCAAGGAGAUGGAGGUCGAGGAGGAGUGGCGGUGGGAGCAGGAGGAGCAGGAGUCGCUGCAUAUGGAUUGCGCAUCACCGUAUUGCAUGUUACCAAACAUGGCUGGUGCGUGGCGGCUUCGUUCACUUGGAGGUGUUGGCAGGCUGGUGCCUACCUGACGUCUCACACUGAAUCAUUGGCUUGCGUGCGCUCGCCAGGGCAGCGUGUUGGGCUGUUGCGCGCGGUAGCUGUGUGCAACAAUGUUUGCGGUCACUACUGAUCACUGAAUGGUCAAGCUCUGAUGCCCGCGGCUUUGUAUAGAUGGAAGGCGGCUGGCGGCGGGAUGGUCAUCGUGUUGCAGAGGGCGUUGGUGGGGGCGUUAGUCGGAGAUGCAUAGAUAAGAAAGGUCCCCGCUGCCAAGUCCUGACCCCGGCCCGGCCGAAUGAUUCCUAAUCUGCCCGCAAGUCUGCGCACACAGUGUGGUGUGUCCGUCUGCACACGUACCCGAGCCUGGAUCCGGCGGCUCGCUCAUCCACUGCUGCAGCGCAAAAGGCCCGGGGCUGUACUUCAGGUGCCGUAGUAGUUCGGGUGCAUGGAUGAGGCGGUGUGGCUAGUAGGCAGUCUCUAUCUGGUGAUGAUCCCCUUGGAUCGGUUUCUGCCAGGUUCUUUGAGAUCCAGCUUGGCUGGUCACAUUGUAACAAUAACUUUUA